AUGGAAGAUGAAGUCUUGGGGAGUUCAUCUAAAGUUCCGCCUAUACUCUGUGGGCGGGCUGGUGGUUACCAUAUUUUAAGUGUUAUGCUUGGAAUCAAGUAUUUUAUUAAAGAUAUGUAUGCGAAUGGUCAAAUGAGUAUAAAUAUAAAGAGAUUAACUCCCUUAUUGGGAGGUUUUUGUCUAAAUAUUGCACUUGGAAUGGUAUACUCAAUGGGUAAUGUUUCUAUGUAUGUUGCCUCCUAUAUGCGUUGGAGAAAUCCAAAUAGCCCUAAAGUAACAUUGACUGAUAUAUCGUGGGUCUAUACAUUAAAUGUAGCCUUAUUAGGAAUUAUGCUUCCUUUUGGAGGUUAUAUUAAUAAUAAAUUAGGUGUAAGACUUUCUCUAUAUAUCUCCUGCUUCUUAUUUACUUCAAGUACAUUUAUAGCAUCUUAUGUAGUAUCAUCAUAUACUGGUUUUUUAAUUACUUUUGGUUGUAUUAUUGGUAUAGCGGAUGGUUUUGCUUUUAAUUUACCACAAUAUUGUGCUUUUAAGUAUUGGCCUAAUCAUAUGGGAUUAGUAUCUAGUUUUGUUAUUUCUGGCUUAGCUCUAAGUCCAGUAAUAUUUUCACCUAUACAAACUAGGUUAGUAAAUCCGCUAAAUAUGAUGCCAAAUUUAAUAGAUGGUAGUUCAAUGUAUUAUAAUCAAGAUGAAAUUUUAAUGAGAGUACCUUAUAUGUUUACAAUUAUGGGAUAUAUAAUCUUUCUACUAUGUGCAAUAGCAAUAUUAACUCUCAAAGAACCUGAUGAAGACUAUGAAGUUUCUAUAAAGUAUAAUGAAGUACAGGAAUCUCCUAUAAUCUCAAGUAAUUUGUUUAGACAAGAUUCUAAUAUUGUAAAUAAGAAUUCACCUUUUGAUAAUGAAUGUAAAGAAGAAAAUAUUAAAUAUACAAUAAGACAAAUAUAUGAGAAUAUAACAACCCCUACUUCUACUAUCUCAACAAUACCUGGAUCUAUUGAUAUACCAAUAAUUGAUGAUAUGAAAAAAGAUAUUUUUCCUAUUUUAAUAAUAGAAGAUAAUAAAAGUAGUCCAAUUAUACAAAAUCUUACCAAUGAUCUGAAUGAUUUUAGUUUCUCUAAAGAACUCUUUAUUAUUAAGGGUUUAAUUUAUGAAGAACAAUUUUGGGUUAUAUUUUGUCUAUUUUUCUCUUUUUCACAAUUUGUACAUUUCCUUGCAUCAUGGUGGAAAGUUAUUGGUAUUGUAAAUAUUGGAAUAUCAGAUGAUAUAUUAGCUACAUAUGGAACUUUAGUAACUGCAGGUACAAAUAUUCUUGGAAGAUUAGUUUAUGGAUAUUUUUUAGAUAAGUAUAAGGGGAAAUUUUGUUUUAAAAUAAUAUCAAUUCUUUGUUUAAUAUUUAUGUUUAUUCUUCUUUUAUCUAUUAAGAUUCAGAAUUCUUAUAUGUAUUUGAUAACACUUGGAGUAUUAUUCUUCCAUAUAGGUGCUGGCUUUGUUAUGUUUCCACCAAUUACUGCUAUGUCAUUUGGAGUAAAAUAUUUCUCAUUUAUAUAUGGACUUAUAUAUAUUGGAAGGACAUUUGGAGUUCUAUUUAAUUCAUUUCUAACAUCUUUAUUACUCAGUUCAAUAGGUGUAGAAUCAUGUAGUUUAGUCAUUAUUGGUUUUACUCUCUUAUUCUCAUUAUUAUGUUUGAGAAUAUGUGACAAUCAUUCGUGCCAGUGUGUGAAUUUACAAGAUACAUUAUUCCUCCCAUAA